GCAAGGACCAAGGAAUCUCAUUUCUUUAAGGACAUGAUUGAAGACACCUAUGGUUGUAUAAUAGGUAACAGAAUCUUGACUUCUUCACACAACGAAUUUGUCUCUCUUUUUGGAGAAUACAAAGAAUUGUAUGGAACCAGUUCUACUAGUGAAUUAGCAUCACAAGCUCGUGCUAGUGAAAAUGCUUCUGAAAAUUCUCUUAUGAGGUCACGCUACAACAAGAAGAGAAUGAGAUCUUGUGGAGAGGGUAGCACUAGCUCAAAUAUGAGAACUGAAUUAGACAAGUACCUAGCUGAGGAUACCGAAGAGUUGACUGCAGAAUUUGACCUUCUUGAGUGGUGGAAGUUGAAUGCUGCUCGCUUUCCUGUCCUGUCAAAAAUGGCUCGUGAUAUACUAGCAAUCCCCAUCUCAACGGUUGCUUCUGAAUCAGCUUUUAGCACUAGUGGCCGUAUUCUUGAUGACUUCAGAAGCUCUUUGACACCAGUGACACUCCAAGCGUUGAUAUGUACGCAAGAUUGGUUGCGUAGUAAGCCUAUCAAUGUUGAACUCGAUCUUGCUGAGUUGACCAAACUGGAGGAAGGUGUGGGAGCCCUUCGAUUGGACGAUAAUGGUGUAAUAUCGAUUGAUUGAUCUUCAUGUGUGGAACUGGAGUGGAAACUUGUGCAAGUUGCUGCCUGAAGUGAUGAAGUUUGUGUGUGUCAUCAGUCAUGUGUUGAACCCAUUUUGCGCUAUGUUGAACUUUGGCUGUGUUGAACUUGCUUGUUCUAGAAUU